UCUAAAUAUGUUAGAGAAAACUCAUAUUAACGGUCACAUUUUAUUUAACGUUAAACUGCAUUAAUUAAUUUCUUAUGUUCACUUGAAAAUACGUUUAUGUUUGUGUUUGAGUGUUUAAUCUCUUAUAAAUAUGAGACAAAAUUUCAUUCUAAAAUACCAGAUACAAACAUUUUAAUAUAUUAUAUUAAUAACAUUUGCCACUUAUUUCGAAAACAUUGGCACAAUGGCUCACACUUCUUCCCGAACUACUAUCGUAUUCAUUGUUGUUGCUUUGAUUUGUGCGUUCGUUCCUGCAUUCUCUGUUGAAGAAGCUGAAGCAAAAUCACUAUGGGAUACCUGUCUUCUUAAAAUCAGUCCAAAAUGUGCGUUGGAUAUAAUUGGUGUUGUCUUUGAAAAUUUAACCAUCACUGAUGCAUGUUGUCAUGAUCUUGUACAAGAAGGAAAAAUGUGUCACGAUACUCUUAUCAAAUAUAUUGCUGAGAAGCCGCAUUUAGUUGCCCACGAAACAGAGUAUUUGAAGAAAAGUGAUGAUUUGUGGACUCAUUGUGUCUCAGUUUCGCAAACUGCUUAAAAAUAUGUUAUGCUUGUAUUGAUCUACAAAAUUUUUAUUUAACUAUCGUUAAAUUUUAUUUGAUCAAAAAUCGUGGAUCAAACAGUAUGCAAUAUAAAGCGACCAUCAAGUGAAUCUCAUUCUAAAUGAAUCAAUACAUAUAUUAACUCAAUUGAAAAACAAUGUGCUAACCAUACAAGAUUGUUAAACUAAUAACAAGACAUAUA